CAAUAACAUAUAUACGGACGAGUUUUAACUUUUUGUUCCAUUUCCAAAUAUUCAGCGAAAAUUACUGGCAAUAUCUAAUAUUUCUAAUCGAACUUAUCCGUUUCUAGUGAACUGCAUACAUUCUGCCAGUACGGAAAGGACUACACUUUACUAUCGAAAACUUAUCUGCACUUAGCAUAUCUUCGUUGGACGUUUCCCAGUUAUAACUCACUGAACAUAAACAUUUGAUAUUUCAUUGUGUGCUUAAAAAUCUUGCAGUGAGUGUUAAAUUUUAAAAAAAACCAAGCAAAUUGGAAAAUGGAAAAUAAGGAAAGUGUAGCUUGCUGCCUUGCGCAAAAUAACAAUGACUUUUCAAGAGCAAGCCACACGCGCAUAUUUGUUUGUCCUACAACUGGAGGAAAGCUUGAACUCAAAGUGUCAGGAAACGAAACUGUGCAAGGACUGAAAUAUUUUAUUUCAAGAAAACUGCGUAUUCAACAUGAGAGGAUCAAGUUACUGCAUAGAAACAGAUUACUGAACCAUGGAACUCUAAGAGAAAAUAACGUAACAGAUAACAGCAAAAUUACUCUUAUACCGCAUUUAGAAAGUGGAUUAACAUUUCAGAAGGAUAACUCCAAUGUUUUAAAAGCUUUAGAAAGUUUAACUGAUUCUCAGGUGAAUGAUUUCCUGUCUGGAAAAGCACCAUUAGUGCUGGGAAUGAGAGUAGCUGACCACAUUGUGUUCAUUCAACUCCAACUAUCAACGUACCAAAGUCGAAGACAUCACCGUCCAGCACCUGUUAAAGUCCCAUCUAAUUCUUCUGUCAAAGAUCAUCAAGAAGUUCCUUCACCAACAACUACUCCUGAUCAUAACAGCUUCACAAACUACAGACAAUAUGAACACUGUGUGAAGAAUACAGAUUUAUCAUCAAAUCAUCCAUCCUCACCAUCACAACAUAACUCUGGUGCAGUUAUUCACAGAAUGCAACAUCUUGGUCAAGGCAUAUACUCAGGGACAUUUUCAGGUGUUUUAGACCCUUCUGUUCAAGAGAGAGAUGGGCAGCCAAGACGUAAUAUUAGUACAAUAGCAAAUAUAUUGAAUGAUCUGUUAGGAGCAUCUCCCAGCAUAGAUAUAGCUAGGGCUGGAUCUUUAAGAGACCAGUUAAAUAAGACUACCUCAAAGACUCAAGACACAGUUCAACAAGAGAAUGUGAAAGAUGACCCUGUUUUGAGAGAAAAGGUUGAACAGCUACAAAGGAUGAUGGGAGAUAGGAAAAAGAGAAGACAAAAUAGAAGACAAACUAUUGCACCUUACAUCAUAGAAUCAAGACACCAAGAAAAUAAAGAAAGCAUUUGUGAAAAAGCAGACAUUAUCACAACAAAAGAAUCAGAAACUUUAGCUGUCUGAACAGUUCACAAAUUUCAAGUUGGUUUUCCCCAUGAAACUGACAUAACUUUUGUUAUUGUCAGUUAAUUCUGACUUUAGAAUUUGUCAGUUUUACAAACCAGUGGUUGUUGUAUUAAGUGGGUUUUAAUAUUACAUAAGAAGUCAUCAUGGUUACUGAUGACAAGAAAGCCAAAGAAAGAACAUGUUCUGUCAUGCAAAAGUAUCAAUGUGUGCUGUGAUCUUUUUCAGAGUCAUUAACUGGUUGAAAUUCAUUUUGGUUAAGAACUCUUGACUGGUUUUUCCAUUUUGUAUAUAUUUAUUUGUAUGCAACUAAGCUAAGAAAGAUAACUCCUGUCCAAUUUAUGCCAUGAAUUUUUUGAAUUUUUUUGUUCAAUAGGAAGUUUUGAAUUUUUUUAUAGAGACAUAAUUUUUGUUGUAUUGUCUUUUUUAUAUCCAUGAUUCUACAAUUUACAAUCAUAAGCAGUUGAAUUUAAGUAACAUAAACACACCAAAAUAUUAAUCUGUUCAUGCAUUAAAGAUUAAUAAAAAUUUGUUAAAAAUAAUUUUAUGUUGUGUGAACAAGCAUUUCAAACUUUUUUUACCACCCAACAAGAACCAUAUAUAGUGUUUCUGUAACUUGUAUUUCUGGUACCAAUAUUUUUAUUGUUAGUGCAUUCGGUCCAUAAUGUUUGUUGUCUAAAUGUUAAUACUUCAUGUCUUGUGAAUUUUAUGUCUGGUAAACAAAUUCAUAUAAUUUUAUCUAUUACCAUAAUAUAUAAGUUAUUUCCUUUAUUGAUUCACUGGUUCAAGAUUGAACAAUUUCAUACAUGUUACUAUUGUGAGACACAUUGUAGGCAAUAUACUGCUUCGCAAACAUAUGUGUUACUUUUUUUCAACAAGCUGUUUCUAACUUGACUGCAAUAAUGAAUUUGUUUUAAAUCAUAAUGACCAAGGAAAAAUAAUAUUUGGUAACUCUACAAUUAACAGUAUAUCAGGGGUUUAAAUUGAAUUAUAUGUAUUAGUCUUAUCAUUAAUCAUGUAAAACAUUACACUUUAAUGCAAAGACAGUUUGAAUCGCCUGCCGUCGUGGUACAAUUAGGCCAGUAUUGUUUUUAUAACUCAGUCUGUUCAUCAGACUUAGCUUGUUGUUUUGAUUCUAUGCACUGAAAUUGAAUAUUUCUGCAAAACUCUGUAGCAGUAAAGACCUAGUCUGGCUACUUCUGCAUCUUGCUCUACUAUUAUUUGUUUUCAUUCAGAAAUUUAGGCUGUGAUAGAAGCCAAUGUUAGAAUUUCUACUAAUAUGGGACAAGUAGUUUAAGGCAUGGUUAAUUUUGAUCCUAGGUUAAAUGGAACAUACAUAAAUGAGCUUGAUCAUUGUCGAAAUUUAAGAUUUUUGUAAAAGAAAGUCAAGGGGCUAUAACUCCUGCAAUAAUUUAAGGAUCAAGCAGUAGCAUACUAGAUCAACAAUAUAUCCAACAGCACAAGUAUAGAAAAUAUCAGUUAAAAAUCAUAUGCCAAAUGUUCAUAAAACGAACGGACAGAAAGAAAAUUAUAGAUUGCUACUUUAUCAAGAUAUUGGGUUAGUAAAAGGUAAAAAAAACCAACUAAUAAUUGAUAUUGUUUUGUUGUCUUAGAAAUUUUUCUUGAGUAGUUUCUCUAUGACACCAGCAGACUAGGUCUUUUUCCUGUAGCCAAAACAACUGACAUGUACACAUUAAAUACAUUUACUUAUAAUAAUACAUAUGUGUUAACAUGAAGAGAGUGAAUUAUUAUUAGAGGAAGAAACAUUGCUAACAUUAUAUGCUCAUUUUAGUUACACCUAGGGGAAAUAUUUAUAUUUGUAUAUAUGAAUGUUGUGAUGAUUUAAAAUAUAACAAUGUGCAAUGUAAAAAUCAUACUGUGAUACAAUUACAGAAUAUGAAUAAGAUAGAGAAUUCUUACCCAGCAAUACAUGGUCUAGUAGACAUCCAAUACACAAUAGUCAAUCUAAAUGCAUUCUAAGAAUGUGUAUUCACAGACUUUUUAUCACUCUUAUUUUUAUAUUAAAACAACAAUAAUUGGAAGUUUGCUAGACCAAAAUUUUCCUUAUAAUAUUUAUUGUUGACAGAAUGUAAAAUAUUUAAGCAUAACUUAUUGUUCCUAUUAUAUUAUAACUAAAUGUUGUUCUGUGGGCUUAAUAUAAAUUAAUAUUUUUAAUUUAUUAAACCUUUUACUCUUUAUAGAUGUUGUUGCAUUUAGAUAAUUAAACUUCAUAGUAAUUUACUCUAGUUCUUUGGAAUAUAAAAUGAUGGAAAACUA